GGUAUAUGGACGCACACAUAGAGACCUCUACGCCGAGACAUAUAGGCAAACAUACAGAGACGGCGGCGCGGUCUGUGUGAUGCUGCGGCAGAACAUUGAGCCAUAGAAUUGGCUAGGACACAGCGCAUGUGGGAGGAUAUCAACGAGGAUUGCUCUAUUUAUUCUAAUUACUCACGCCGCAAUUUACUGAGCCGAUUGGGCGGACCAGCUGCUGAUUAUAAUAUCGCUACCCGAAUUUAUGCGGUAGUAAUCUAAGUAGUGACUUUGAGCUAUUCAAGCCUCUGUCCGCCGCUCGCGUAUCGUCUUAGCCCAGCCCAGCUCAGCUCUCUCGGUAGCUGAAUUCUACAGUUGCUGUUGCUGAUAGUGUUACCGCUGCUAGCAAUAAGCAGCGCCGCGUGUAGCCACUGUGCCGUAAACGCGUAAAUAGCGGGCUUUGUUGAUCUUGUUAUGGUUCGUGUGUGUUUCGCCAAAAAUGUUUUCUAUAUAAUUGGUGUGUUCACAGUGAACUGAGUGUGCCGGUGCCCCCCUCGAUGCAAUAGAACGUGCCCUAUGAAGAUGGUUCACGUCAGAUAUCUGCAAGUGUCGUCAGUUCGACCAGCAGCGGUUCGUCCAGUGGCAGGGUGAAUAUGGCCGGAGGUGGUGGCGGAGGAACAGGUGGGGCAGGCGGAUCUAGCGGAAUGAACCCGGGAGGUCCUGGAGUUUCGGCGGGAGCAGUAGGAGCCCCGACAGAGGAGGACGAAUUGACCAUUCCACGGGCUGCCAUGAACAAAAUGCUCAAGGAAUUACUUCCGAACGUGCGGAUUGCCAACGAAAGUCGAGAACUCGUCUUGAACUGCUGUUCCGAAUUUAUUCACUACAUCGCAACGCAAGCAAAUGAAAUAUGCAACCAACACCAUAAGAAAACCAUCAACGCUGAGCAUAUUCUAACCGCCCUUGAAAAGCUUGGCUUCAAGGAAUAUUGUGACGACGCUCAGCGGGUAUUUGCCGAUUGUAAAGAGGUGGCAGCAAAAAGACGCAAACAAAGUUCACGUCUCGAACACCUUGGGGUCCCAGAGGAAGAACUACUUCGACAGCAGCAAGAGCUCUUUGCGAAAGCUCGACAAGAACAGGCCGAACAACAGCAGCAGGACUGGGCGAGCAUUCAACAAGCUGCCGUUACGGGCCUGCCUAUAGCACCGGACAGUGAUGAAGAUGAAUACUAAUCGUACGGCGCUUGGUGGUUGUAGCCGUAAUAGAUGGAUAUGGAAGAAUCAUCAUUCACAGCAACAAUAGAACGAUAAUUUUUUACGAACACCCUAAAAUUGGAACGAAAAACCGUAGAUAACGACGGGGAUAUAUAGCUGUUUCGGAUUAAUCUGGUGCACGGAAAUAACAGAACGACCUCGGCUACUUCCUGUAAAAACAUGCGCUAUUCCUGCCAGUUAGAUUAUUGCGUGGGCUCACACACAUGUAGACGACGUCAUAGUACCUACAACGAAACGAACUCUGUGGGCAUUUUCGUCAAAGAGCGUGGAUUGGGGUUUAUUUGAUUCAUUCAUAUGUAUACUGUCGAUUUGUGUUGCCUGUUGUUGUUGUUGUUGAUGUUGUGAAGGACCAAACUCUCGAGAAGCGACCUUAGGUGAGAUGCAAAGAUAGCAAGUAUCGAAUUAUGACUACUAUGAACAAUGGAAUCUAAGCCAAGGUUCCCUAAAUCGCGGUUUAGCAUUAUGGGAAAUAACUGGUGGUAAAAAGACACAAACAACACCCAGAAAAAUCUGCCUGUACAGUAGCGGUGAGCAAGCGAAACGUGCGAAUAAAUCGAACGCAAAGGAUGAGUAAAUACACUUGUUUAGAUUCGUACCGUAACUUGUACCAAGGAGCCAGGGUAGGAUAAAUAUAUCUGAGCAUAAAACCAUCUAAUAAUGAAGGAAAGAUCUGUUCUAUGAAACCUACCAUUUGUGUUGUGACGACGCAAUGUGGUAAAGUCGCACACUUUACUCAUAUCUGUUAUUAAGCGAGGAUAGAAUUGACGAAAAGUGAAAACAUAGGGCGUGCCAAUGACUUUUAAAAACGCGGCUGGCGUAUAGUGCACCUCCCGCGUUGAACUGUGCGUCAGGCUGUUGUACAUGGCUAUGUGUAUAAAACGUACGUUCGGUUCAAACUGUCAUUAAUGCAACUACGUCUCGUUAAUUGUCUCGUUAAUGUUUUUUAUGAUAUUAUAUUUUUUCCAUUUGAACAGCAUUGCCAAUUGUAUAUACACACACAUUUACUGAGGAUAAAGUCGACACUGGGAUAGAAAGUGACACAAGUAAAGCAGUUGCGUUUAGGGCGGGUAGUCUCAAAUAUGUUGAAUUUAGUCAGCUAAAAAUAUUUCAUUGGGGUGACAUAGCAUUUUGCUAGCCCAGUCGGACGUAUAGCUUUUGAGUUAGCCGAAUGCCCCUAUUUAAUGAUAGCGAGCGUAUCCGUUGUGUUUAGCAUUUUUGGGGCAUACAUAGAGUAUGCAACCAGUUAUCGGGGUCACAUACGCAAGGCAAUCAUGAAUGACUUUCUGGAUAUUGUUAGCGAGACGAAAAAAAACGUUAAAUGGGCAAGGAGCGAGUGAAAGAUCUUUGUACAACAAUGACAUAGUAACUAUAUAAAAGUAAAUAAAAUAAAACAGAACUUUAACAUGGUCGA